AUGCUGAGCUUGAUCGUGCGGAGCCUGGGGGUGCUGAGCCUGGAGGUAUUGUGUCUCCUGGAGGUCCUACAGCUGCCUUGUCACGGCAAGAGCCUCUCUCUCCACUGCAGCUGCACAAGUGGUUUGCUCGGCGUACCCGCCUUCCGAGUGGCGCUGGUGGAGCUGGGGGGCUUGCCGCUGGAGACACUACCGCUGGAGGCACUGGAGCUGGAGGCGCUGGAGCUGCUGGAGCAGGUGGUACUGCUGCUACUGGAGGUGCUGCUGGUCCCGGAGGUGCUCGUACUAGAGGUAUUGGAGCUGCCUACGCUCGUGGUGCUGCUGCUGCUGGAGGUGCUGGAGGUGCUGGAGGUGUUGGAGCUGCUGGUCAUGGAGGUGCUCGUGAUGGAGGUACUGGAGCUGCCGGAGCUGGUGGUGCUGCUACUGCUGGAGGUGCUGGAGCUGCUGGAGCUGCUGGUCCCGGAGGUGCUCGUACUGGAGGUACUGGAGCUGCUGGAGCUGGUGGUGCUGCAGGUACUGGAGCUGGAGACCCCCGAGCAAGAGGUGCUGGCGCUAGGGCCAGCCUCCCCACUUCCUGAUCCUUCUCCUUACACUGAGGAGACAGACUCUCUUACAGAGCGUCGUCAGCCUGCGUCUCGCCCUGCCUCGCUUGUUCGCGCUGGUCGCACUGGUCGUCGUGUUCCGCGUCCGCGUCCUCCUCCUGUUCCUGGCACUCACGGUAUGGUACUUCGUCCUUCCUCUGUUCCACUGCGAGUUCCCCUGCCAUCUCCUCCGGCGUCCUCUCUUCCUGACGUUCCGGACCCUGAGACUGACUUGGUUCGUGCUGCCAGCCCUACUGUUACACGUCUCCUAGCCACUGUUGUCACCGACCCUUCGUUUGAGUCCACUGCUGCGUCUGCCCUAGUUGCUGAGCUUGUUGACUUUGGUGCUACGUCUCGUCUCGACUUCGCCGCCACUCUGGUUGCUGAGUCUGAGACUGUCUGUCCUCCGUCCGUCGGGGGUGAGUGUGCUCUUGCCACGGACGUCCUUGAGGACAGGCAAGAGGACUUUGAGUGUCUUGCAGCUGCUGUACCUCAUCUCGUGGCCAUGCUGCUUGCACCUGAGGGAGAACCGGAUGCACUAGACAUCCCGACCCCGCGCUCUUAG